CAGCUGCAGACAAUGUGUUUUUUGUGUGGGAGGAGCCUUCCCCACAUAUACCUUUAAAGUCUACAUGGCCCUCUCCUGCCUCCUCUGCUGCAGCAGAUGUACACUCUUAACCUGCCAACUCUGGGCUAGGCCUGAGUUAAAAGGGCUGGUGAUGCUCAGAAUUUGUUAGGGACCAGCCCCUUCCUCAGUGGUGCCUGCAGUACCUAGUGUUGAACAGUAGAGGGAGCGGUGUACCUCCUGAUAGCACUGGUUGAACUCUGCCGGGGGUCCAAGCACCAGCUGAGGAUGUGGAGUGCUGCCUUGCACAUAGGGGAAGGGGAGUGUUUGAGUCUGUGGCAGCUGUUGAUGGCUUUGCUUGGUUUCCUUUUCUGAUCAGCCAUUUCCUGUGGUGAUGGUAAGGUCACACAUUGCUCCCUCCCCCUUCUUCCUACCCAUCUUGAGAACAUAAGAGUUUGUUCUCUUGGAACUGCCUGUAAGGAUGAUUUUGGGUUCUUAAUGGGAAAGGGCCAGAGCUGUGGGUCAAGCCAGAGGAGACCUGCACAACAGAGCCAGUAUGAGAAGAUGGGAGCCUGACAUUUGCAGGGCUGGAUUGAGUCACCUGGCUCACCUGCCUCCAUCCCAACUAUACACAAAUCAGUAAUGGAAUUAAACAGGCCAAGAGUGAGUUUUUGUGCUGGGGGGGUGGGGAGGGCAUUCUCCCAGAAUGCUGUGUUUUACUCCUGCCAGGCUUUUUUUAAAACGAGCAUUCAGAUGGCAGAGUGAGCUGUGUGACCAUGAAACAAGCAACCACAGAGCAUCUCUUCUCUGCAGGGAAGGGGAAAGAGAAAGCCACCUGUCAGUGAGCCAGCUAAGUGGCCUGAGGCUGCUUCCUGCAAACUGUUGUGGGAGAAUGCUUCGUUGUGGCAGUGACCUAGCUGGCCAAGCUCUACAAAAUUCUGGGGUGGGGAGGUAAGAGCAAAGCCACCAAUGUCUCUUCCUCUCUCCGGUGACAAAGAGCAAGCCACAUCCCACCAUUAGCCUCUGAAAGAUGGGGGAGGUACGUAGUCUUGCCUUCCCUCUUUGGCUCCUGCCCCAUUUCUGCUACUUUGUCUUGCCUGUUCCACUGUCAUAAGACAGUGCUGAACCAGGAAGGACUUGUCCUCUGUUCAGUCAGAUACUGUGGUCGCUGUAGCACAGUUGGAACACCUUGGAGAGAGAAUCGGAAACGGGUGGUUAUGUUGGACUCUGUUAUGUCCAGAUCCUUGCCUUCUCCAAUCUCCAAUGCCUUCUCAAGGUUCAAUGGCUCUUUUGCUCCCUGCUCCCUGAAGCACAGCAUGUCGGUUUUCUAAAAAUCAUCCUGAAAUGCCACCACAUGCACUAGCAAGUCUCACAAGUGGUCCCGUUUUGCCUGUUCUUGGCAAGAAUUUGAGAGUCUAAAGUAUAAGGCUGUUUGGGAACAACCUGGAACUGGGGGAGGGGGGAAGGAAUCAAAGGAGUUCUCCAUACAUGCUGUAGUAUGCAGCUGUUGUAGCAACGUGGUGCCUCGCAAGAAUUCUCCCAGAAUAUCAAUAAAGUGACUGCAGGAGCAGCAGCAGCUGGCCCUGAGUUUGCCACAUCUUCCUUUCCCUCUGCUCCUGCCAGCUGGAGAUUGGGCUGCCUGAUUCAGCCUGGGAAGAACCAUGCCUUUGGAGGAAGAGGAGCCCAGUUGGAAGAAACAAGUUGAAGAUAUCCGGGAGAUCUAUGAAUUCCGGGAGGUGCUAGGAACUGGCGCCUUCUCCGAAGUGGUGCUGGCCGAAGAGAAGUCCACGCAGAAGCUGGUAGCUGUCAAGUGCAUUGCGAAGAAGGUGCUGGAGGGGAAGGAAACCAGCAUCGAGAAUGAGAUUGCGGUGCUGCACAAGAUCAAGCACCCUAAUAUUGUGGCUUUGGAUGAUAUUUACGAGAGUGGUGGGCAUCUCUACCUCAUCAUGCAGCUGGUCUCUGGAGGGGAGCUCUUUGACAGGAUUGUGGAGAAGGGAUUUUAUACAGAGCGAGACGCCAGCCAGCUCAUCCGGCAGAUCCUAGAUGCUGUCAAAUACCUGCAUGACAUGGGCAUCGUGCACCGUGACCUCAAGCCCGAGAACCUGCUCUAUUACAGUCUGGAUGAAGACUCCAAAAUUAUGAUCAGUGACUUCGGGCUGUCCAAAAUUGAAGGCUCUGGCAGCGUCAUGGCCACGGCGUGUGGGACUCCCGGCUAUGUGGCGCCCGAGGUGUUGGCACAGAAGCCUUACAGCAAGGCUGUUGAUUGCUGGUCUAUUGGAGUCAUCGCCUACAUCUUAUUAUGUGGCUACCCGCCUUUCUACGACGAGAAUGACACCAAGCUCUUUGAGCAGAUCCUGAAGGCCGAGUAUGAAUUUGACUCUCCUUACUGGGAUGACAUCUCAGAAUCAGCCAAAGAUUUCAUCCAGCAUUUAAUGGAAAGGGAUCCCAAGAAGCGCUUCACCUGUGAGCAGGCGCUUCAGCAUCCAUGGAUUGCUGGAGACACAGCGCUGGACAAGAACAUCCAUCAGUCAGUUAGUGAGCAGAUCAAAAAGAAUUUUGCCAAGAGCAAGUGGAAGCAAGCCUUCAAUGCAACUGCUGUGGUGAGGCAUAUGAGGAAGUUGCAGCUUGGAACCAGCCAAGACGGACCUGGUCAAGCCAUGCAGGAGAGCAAUGGUUCAGGUUCCAGUAGCAGCGAGGAGUCCUUGGGGAAUGGCUCUCACCGUCAACCUGAAGCCUGAACCGUCAUCGGGUCAGAGGAACCAACAACAGUGCCAGCACCAACCCUCAGCUGGGUGGGCAGGUCCAAGCCCCCAACUCCACCAUGCUGCCACGUGCAGAGCCAGGGAAGGGUUUGGGACUGCCAUGACACCCCCUUCCCAACAAAGAGUGGCUGCACCCUGUGGCAGGGGAAUGCAAAGUUCUCCCUGUUUGUCACCCUCCCAAACUUGCAGAUGGGAGCCGAUCCAUCAUAAGCCACACACUUUCCAGGAGAUGCGUGUCCCUUCAUUCCUCCGCCACUAACUGGCCUGCUUCUGGCCCUAGCCAACAGGACCUGCCUGAGCCCUGUGCUGACCCCUCAACCAAAGCCAAAAAUGACAUCCUUCUCCUUGGCCCCAUCAUGUGGUGACCAAGACUAGGAAAGAAACAUCCCCCAAAGCCAUCCAGCCCCCUUCACAACACAGGGGAUGUAUCCUAGAGGGGGUGUAGGUUCAUGGCUCUAGAAGGCACGCAAAAUACAAACCCACCACCCUCUAUCAACUCUUGCAGUCCAGACCAAUGAAGACAGCAGUAGCACACCAUGGGAAAGUUCUGCGCAACUGGCAGCUCCAGGUGGUCUGUUACAUGUUUAGCAGGGGGAGACAAAGCAACUGUGUUUACUGGGGAAGCAGCUGUUCUGUCUUGCAGUGAGGUGUGUACAUUUCUGCUAUCAAAUAGAAUGAAGAUGGAUGGACGGAGGGCUGCUUUAGUGCAGCCCAGCUCUACCCCGCUUGAUGGUAUUUGGUUGUGUACUAGCACAAUCUACACCCUGAAAACAAGUAAGCUAUAGAAUCAGUUCUGCACAUUUUCAGUGUGGUUCAGUUUGAAUGUGGCCGUGGUAGGCACCUGUUGGCUAGUGCCCAUAACAUCACUCCUCUCCCACUCCAACACAGUUUUUCAGCUGUUUUUAAAAAUGUUUUGUGAAUUUUCUUAGGUUGGGGAAAAGCUAGUGCGUAUCUUCCAACAUCUUUUUUUUUUUAAAUUGGACACCUCAGCUCAAGCAUGGGGGGAGAGAAAAGUGAGGGCUGACACCUCCUUGGCUUGGGAAGCAAUUCACCGAUCCAGAGAUGAGUAUGUUCAUAAUACCAGUCUGCAAAGCUGGAUUCACACUGUGGGCAAAGAUCCCAGUGUGACUGCUCUGAAAAUACUAUGUCCGUCUUCACCCACUCUGCUCCUGGCACUACCUAUCUGGCAGAACUUGGAUCCUUCCUACUGUCUAGUCUCCCCCUCCUUUGCUCCCCCUGCAUCCUCUGGAAACUCAGAGCUCCCCCAUUGUGCUCUCUCGUCCUCUAUGCUCUCGGUGAAAGCGGAACUUUCUAACUUGAAGUUUCUUAUUUUGUUGCUUGUUCUUGUAUUAAAAGGAAGUGUGCUUGGUUUUA